AUGACAGUUUCUCAAAAUCCUGGCCCUCAAAGCGGGCGAACCGACGCCAUCUCGCUUGAUAUAUUCAAAGCUGGUAGAAAACUUACGGUCAUUAACUGUUACAAUCCGCCAAAACACGAACUUGCCAUUAACCUCGGCAAUAAGAAUAUUCUCACUAAAACUCUAUUAGCUGGGGACCUAAAUGCCAAGUCUCCUGCAUGGGGCUAUGACGCAACCGACUCCUCGGGCCAAAAAGUCCAAGAAAUUCUCAACACUACGAACCUGUUCUGCAUGCAGAAUAAACACAGCCCGCCAACCCUCCUACACACUGGCAACGGGUCUCUCUCGAGACCCGAUUUAACUCUGAUCUCCGCCGAUCAAGAGGGGAAAACCACAAUUAAAGUGCUUGAGGAUGUUGGAAGCGAUCAUAGGUCCAUAGAAAUUACUAUUGCCCUCGCAGAGGCCAGGGGUGUAGCCACUAAACGGCCCAAGAAAUGGAGCUACACUAAGGCUGACUGGCCAGCGUACGGGGCGGCUGUCGAUCCGCCCUGUCGAGUAUCGUGA